AGGAAAAGGCGGAUCGUGCCACGGUGGCGCAGAAGGCCGACGAGGUUUAUGUGCACGACCUGGAGAAGCGACUAUUGGAACGCAUGGAGGAUUUGGAGGAGCGCAUGACGAUCUACGAGGCGGAGCGCACGGAGUUUCGCCGCAUUCUGCGCUCCCUGGUGGAUGUGCACCGCCGCGGCGAAGAUGUACACAACAGCGACAGUCACCGUGACAGGGACGCUGCCAACAACGACCGCGAUGACGGCGCCACUCGGAGAGCGAGGGCACUGCCUAACUUUGUGGUGCUUGACGAGGCCAUUGAGCCACAGCGUGCGCGGGAGUGCGAAUCGUUGGCUGCUGAGGAACCCCGUGCACCGAGACGCGCUAGGCAGAGAACCGACCUGACGACUUCCCGGGCAUCGGCGAGAGUACAGGAAAAAAAUCAAUCUCCGUGCGGCGUGGUGGAAAGAAAAGUGGAAAUGGGAGGAAAAGCUGUUGGUCUGACGGCGAAUCAAGAGGCUUACGCGAACUACGUGACAAAUGAGCUAAAUCGCCGCGUUGUGGAGAGCCUCCCACCGCUACCCUACGAGCGUGGACGUUGA